AUGGCCCAACCCAUGGGUCAAAUUUCUUCUGUGGACAACAGUACUAGCACAGACACUGAUAUUAACGCAGAAUCUCACACCAUUCCUGCUGUUGAUCUCCCAGACCCGGACAGGCUGGCGUACCUGACGGAGGUAAUAGAUCUACCCCGCCAUCCUCCUCGGAGGGAGCCCACUGCGAAGGCGUUCGUCGGGCCAGCUUCGCGGAAAACACUUGCAGCUCGAGACCAGGGCCGUGAAAGAAGCACGGCUGUUUUCCCAUUAUGGACCCGCCAAGAUGGAUUCGGUGUAAUCAGCAUAUACAAAGGGGCCGAGCAAAUAUUGUAUAUCGAAAAUGAUAGGGUGCCGCUGGGAGCGACGGUUCAUUUUGAGGAUAAGCCAGAUUUGCGCAUCGUGAAGCACAAGUAA